AAGAGAGAUGGAGGCGCUUGCGGACGGAGCACGAUGUUGAGGCGACUCUCGCUCGUCGAGUCUCGGCUCUGAGGAUUACGGACGCUCUCUCAUCUGUUCCUCUGUCACUCCACCAUUCCAUCACUCACUGGAGGAUGCACAGUUCUGGUUGCACUUCUCUUUCUGACAGGACUACCGCACUUUAUCGGCUGUUUGGUGCCCGAGAACGACUCGUAGAAGAGAUCAUAAGCUGCUCAAGCCGCUGAGACUCAUGGAUCCAGAGUCCCGACUUUGGUAGACGUCUCCACUUCUUCAUCCCCCCUUUUUCACUAGCUUGGCAUUCUUUCGUUGCCAGGCAAAGACAAAUAGAGGUGGCAGUUUUCCAACUCCAUGUAUUUCUGACUCGUUCGAGGCUGCGAUAGUCGGCAUCUGACAAAGAGAUGACCCAAGAACAGUUCACUCAUAGGAACAAUGUCCAGAGCACCGAGAAACCUCAUGUGUACAAAGUGGGCAUCUACGGCUGGCGGAAACGUUGCCUUUACUUCUUCGUCCUCCUCCUCAUGAUCCUCAUCCUGGUCAAUCUCGCGCUCACCAUCUGGAUCCUCAAGGUCAUGAACUUCACCAUAGAUGGUAUGGGUCACUUGAGAAUCACCGAGCGAGGUCUGAAACUAGAAGGUGACUCCGAGUUCCUCCGGCCUCUGUAUGCCAAAGAAAUCCAGUCCAGAUCGGGAAGCCCUCUUUUUCUGCAAUCAUCAAAAAACAUCUCGGUCAACAUCCUGAACGGGAAAAACCAACUGGUCUCACAGCUGGUUGCUGGUUCUCACGGAGUUCACGCACGGGGCAGGAUGCUUGAGGUGAAGUCAAACACAGGAAAGCUACUUUUCUCGGCCGACGACCACGAGGUCGUGGUGGGAGCUGAGAGAUUACGAGUCCUGGGAGCAGAAGGUGCAGUCUUCAGUAACUCGGUGGAGACGCCACACGUCAGAGCAGAGCCCUUCAAAGAGCUUCGUUUAGAAUCUCCAACACGUUCCCUGUACAUGGAGGCUCCUAAAGGAGUUCAGAUUCAAGCCGAAGCCGGGGACAUCCAAGCCACCUGCCGAAGCGACCUGCGUCUGGAGUCAAAAGACGGAGAGAUCUCCCUCGAUGCGAAGACCAUCAGACUCCUGCGUCUGCCUGAAGGGAAAGCGUCUCCUUCGGCCACCAGACAGCCCGUGUUCGAGGUGUGCGUCUGUCCCAACGGCAAGCUCUUCUUAUCACAAGCAGGAACAGCGUCCACCUGCCAGAUCAGCAACAACGUCUGCCUCUAGACACUCUCUAAACACACACACACACACACACACACACACACACACACACACACACACACACACACACACUUUGUCCAUUUUACUCGGACGACCUACCCACAAACCCGUCCCUCUAAAGAACACAAGGACGACAAGAACUCCAUCCUGUAAAGAUCUCCCGGAUCCGCGUCACCUUUUCCCCCUUCUUCCUUUUCAUCCCUUUUCGAUCGAGGUCACGAGGAUUCUCUCCAUCAUGCAGAGAAAGAAAUGUCUCGUGUUUUUUUUUUUUCUUAUGGUUUUAUUUUUGUUACUCUCCAACCGCAAUAUCGUCCAGUCAGCGAAGACCUUUUUUUUUUUUUUGAAACGUGAAAAUGGGACGAUCCUGACCGACGCCUGCCAUCGUCCCCGUCAUCCCUUCCUUCCUCUUCCUCUCUCUUCCUCUCUCUUCCUCUCUCUCUCUCUCUUUAAAUAAAUAAAUAAAAAUACGAUGAAAACUGUGCUUGCACCGGGACUGACCUGAUGCACGCUCUCUGUUCAAAGAGGAGAACAGUGCCUGUGCCUUAGCUCAAUGCACUCGUGGAAAGAAGAAGCACAUCUCGAUGACCUUUACUUUACCAAACCCUGGAGUUUGACUUUACGUUUAUUUCAUUUUUAUUCUCUCUAAAAGUCGAUAUUUUUCCAAUAAAAGAAAAAGAAUGCAAAGGAUCCAAAUGACGAUGACGCCGUCCCUUCUGCGUCCUUCUAAGUCUUAGUUAUAAGAUUAAAAAAAAAAAAAGCAAAGUUUUUUAUUUUUCAUUGGCAAAUUUCCAAGUCUGAAAAUUCUCUCGAUUGGCAGAAGGUUAGAAAAAACUUUUUUAUUAAUUAAUAAACAUAAAAAAUUUGACUGAAACACACACGAUUUGGCUUUUGCAUUCUUCAUUAGACAUGCAUGUGUGUGUGUGUGUGUGUGUGUGUGUGUGUGUGUGUGUGUGUGUGUGUGUGUGUGUGUGUGUGUGUUUGUGUGCAUUUGCUGGGGUUUAAAAAAAAAAAAAAACAAGGUUCUACCACUAGGUUUUAUGUAUUUUAUUCUAUUCUUGAUCUUUUAUGAGAAGCAUCAAUAAACAAACCAGGAACCAAAAACUAAAUAAUAAAUAAAUAAUAAAAAGAGGAGCCUGAGUGACUUUGCUGGUUGUUACAGCUAAAAAUCCACUAAAACCUUCUCCAUGAGGUCACGUGUGUAAGCUCACGUUUGUAAGCUCACGUGUGUAAGCUCACGUGUGUAAGCUCACGUGUCCCGGAUUAUUACAGGAAAUAAGACUUCCUUCCUUUUCGUUAAUUCUUUAUUAUUCGCAAUAUUUAUUUUCAGGCCUUGAUUUACUCAAAAUCUACAUAAGCAAGAGCUGAUUGAUGAAGUGUGUGUGUGUGUGUGUGUGUGUGUGUGUGUGUGUGUGUGUGUGUGUGUGUGUGUGUGUGUGUGGAAACCGGGGCUGCCACGUGUCAUUUGGAAUAUAUGAAUUUAUGCAAAUUAUGGGGCGGGGUUAAAAUGUCAAUACCGCAUUGUUCGACUUAAAUCUGUAACUCAGAACUCCUGACUUCUGACGACUAAAACAAAAACUCAAUUCCUGGUCAGAAUCUCUGGAAGGAUCAAAAACGGCCGCUCACGGAUACGGCAGCUAAGAUCGGCAGGACUUCUUACGUCAUUUCCGUCGACAUUCGGACAGAAUCUAUAUCGCUAACUCUACGCUUCGCUCUUAA